CAAACUGUCCGCUUCUAACUUCACUUUUUCACCCCGGCUAUGUGUUUUUAAAGCAGGCGCAGGAGGUGUCGGGUGAGGAAGAAAAAAAACAAACAAAUCAUGGUUGUAGGUUAAUGCCGGAGCGUCUGCCUGAACCACGUAUUUAAAAGGAGAGACGAGGCACCAGAGGAACCCCGGGGAAGAGACGAGCCAAGCCGGGUCCAAGAUGCUGUUUGGCGCACUGAUAACUUUGCUGCUCAGCCUGGGUGCAGGCGUGGACGGCAGCGCGGAGUGUUCUUGUGGGAGGAACCACUUCACGUGCGCAGUCAGUGCGUUUGGCGAGUGCACCUGCAUCCCGGCUCAGUGGCAGUGCGAUGGAGACAACGACUGCGGCGACCAUAGUGAUGAAGAUGGAUGCAUGCUCCCCACCUGCUCGCCGCUGGACUUCCACUGUGACAACGGCAAAUGUAUCCGCCGCUCGUGGGUGUGUGACGGAGACAACGACUGCGAGGACGACUCCGAUGAGCAGGACUGCCCUCCCAGGGAGUGCGAGGAAGAUGAGUUCCAGUGCCAAAACGGCUACUGUAUCCGUAGCCUGUGGCACUGUGACGGAGACAACGACUGCGGCGACAACAGCGAUGAGCAGUGCGACAUGCGGAAAUGUUCCGACAAGGAGUUCCGCUGCACGGACGGCAGCUGCAUCGCCGAGCAUUGGUACUGCGACGGGGACACGGACUGUAAAGACGGCUCCGAUGAGGAAAACUGCCCAUCGGAUGUGAUGGCAGCCACUUGCAGCGUGGAGGAGUUCCAGUGUGCGUAUGGCCGCUGCAUCCUGGACAUCUAUCACUGUGAUGGGGACGACGACUGCGGAGACUGGUCGGAUGAGUCAGACUGCUCAUCCCACCAGCCAUGCAGGUCUGUGGAGUUCAUGUGCAGCAGUGGCAUGUGCAUCAACGCAGGAUGGCGUUGUGAUGGCGAAUUCGACUGCGACGAUCAGUCCGACGAGAAGAAUUGCACUACGUCCAUGUGCACGGCAGACCAGUUUCGGUGUGGAACGGGACGCUGUGUGCGGUUGUCGUGGCGAUGCGACGGCGAAGACGACUGCUCAGACCGCAGCGAUGAAGAGGGUUGUGAGAAAUCGGAGACGUCUCCUUGCGCUUCGGACCAGUUCCAGUGUGGGAAUGGACGCUGUAUCGGUCAAAGGAAGGUGUGCAAUGAGGUCAACGACUGCGAAGACGGGACUGACGAACUCCCACAUCAUGAAUGUCGUCCACGCUCCAGCGAUGGUAACUGUAAUCAGAAUAACGGAGGUUGCUCCCAGAAGUGCCAAAUGGUCCGCGGACUGGUCCAGUGCACCUGUCACACCGGGUACCGACUGAUGGAUGACGGCAGAUCCUGCCAAGAUGUGGACGAGUGUGCCGAAGAAGGCUACUGCAGCCAAGGCUGCACCAACAUCGAAGGCGGCUUCCACUGCUGGUGUGUUCAGGGUUACGAGCUGCGGCCCGACAAGCGGAGCUGCAAGGCGCUGGGUCCAGAGCCAGUGUUGCUGUUUGCCAACCGGAUCGAUAUCCGCCAGGUUCUGCCGCACCGCUCCGAGUACACGUUACUGCUCAACAACCUCGAAAACGCCAUCGCCCUCGACUUCCAUCACAGCCUCGAGCUGGUUUUCUGGUCCGACGUGACGCUGGACCGCAUCAUGAAGGCCAACCUCAACGGGUCCAACGUGGAGGAGGUGGUCUCCACCGGCCUGGAGAGCCCAGGUGGGCUGGCCAUUGACUGGAUCCACGACAAACUGUACUGGACCGAUUCCGGGACCUCCCGCAUCGAGGUGGCCAACUUGGACGGGACCCACCGCAAAGUCCUACUGUGGCAGAACAUGGAGAAGCCCCGGGCCAUCGCGCUGCACCCGAUAGAGGGUAAGAUCUACUGGACCGACUGGGGCAACACACCUCGCAUCGAGUACGCCAACAUGGACGGCUCGAACCGGCGGGUGAUUGCAGACACACACUUGUUCUGGCCCAACGGCCUGACCAUCGACUAUGCGGGCCACCGCAUGUAUUGGGUCGACGCCAAGCACCACGUCAUCGAAAGGGCCGACCUGGACGGGCGCAAUCGCAAAGCCGUCAUCAACCAAGGUCUGCCUCACCCGUUUGCCAUCACCGUGUUUGAGGACAGCCUCUACUGGACUGACUGGCACACCAAGAGCAUCAACAGUGCCAACAAAUUCACGGGCAAGAACCAAGAGAUCAUCCGUAACAAGCUACACUUCCCCAUGGACAUCCACACCUUGCACCCCCAGAGGCAACCUGAAGGAGGCAAGAACCGCUGCGGCGGCAACAAUGGAGGCUGUAGUCACCUGUGUCUCCCUAGCAACAAGACAUACACCUGUGCUUGUCCAACUGGCUUUAAGAAGGUGGACCACUACAACUGUGCUAACAGUCUUGACAAGUUCCUGCUUUUUGCCCGAAGGACGGACAUCCGACGAAUCAGCUUCGACACAGAGGACAUGUCCGAUGAUGUCAUCCCUCUGGCUGAUGUGCGCAACGCCGUGGCACUGGACUGGGACGCCAAGGACGGCUACAUCUACUGGACCGACGUCACCACGGACUCCAUCAACAGAGCCCUGUGGAAUGGCAGCAAACAGGAGUUGGUGGUGGACACCAGUCUGGAAAGUCCAGCAGGUUUGGCUAUCGACUGGGUGACCAACAAACUCUACUGGACGGAUGCUGGUACGGAUCGCAUCGAGGUCUCUAACGCAGAUGGGAGCAUGCGGACCGUCCUUAUAUGGGAGAACCUUGACCGGCCCAGGGACAUUGUUGUUGACCCGAUUGGAGGCUUAAUGUACUGGACCGACUGGGGCGCCAACCCGAAGAUUGAACGUGCCGGGAUGGACUCUUCCGACCGCGUCGUCAUUAUAUCUUCCAACUUGACAUGGCCCAAUGGACUUGCCAUUGACUAUGAGACUAAACGCUUGUACUGGGCAGACGCUGGCAUGAAGACGAUUGAAUACGGGAACUUUGAUGGUUCUGACAGACAGGUUUUGAUUGGCACCCAGCUGCCUCACCCCUUUGGUCUCACUGUACAUGAAGACAGGCUGUACUGGACAGACUGGCAGUCCAAGAGCAUCCAGAGCGCGAACAAGCUCACCGGUUUGGGACGGCAUACGCUUGCGGAAAAUCUGGAGAACCUCAUGGACAUUCAUAUGUUCCAGAGGCACCGUGAAACAGUCCACAACCCGUGUGCAGUGAAUAAUGGAGGCUGUAGCCACCUGUGUCUCCUGGCUCCUGCUCCCAAAGCUUACAGCUGUUCCUGUCCCACCGGGAUCAACCUACAGGCAGACGGAAAGACCUGCACACCCGGAAUGAGCAGCUUCCUGAUCUUUGCGCGGAGGACAGACAUUAGAAUGGUUUCUCUGGACAUCCCUUACUUUGCGGACGUGGUUCUCGCCGUCAACAGUUCCAUGAAAAACACCAUCGCCGUGGGCGUCGACCCAAAAGACGGAAAGGUGUAUUGGUCUGACAGUACUCUGAAGAAAAUCAGCAGAGCCAACAUCAACGGGACGGCGGACGAGGACAUCAUAUCUACAGGGUUGAUGACCACCGACGGCUUGGCAGUGGACGCCGUAGGACGAAAGAUUUACUGGACGGACACAGGCACCAACCGGAUAGAAGUUGCCAAUCUGGACGGCUCCAUGAGGAAAGUUCUCGUGUGGCAAAACCUGGACAGCCCUCGAGCCAUCGCCCUCUACAACGAGAAGGGUUUCAUGUACUGGACUGACUGGGGAGAACAUGCGAAGCUGGAACGUUCUGCGAUGGACGGGUCGGAUCGAGUAGUCCUCAUCAAUAACAACCUGGGCUGGCCUAAUGGUCUCGCUAUAGACGUGGCCGGAUCACAGCUACUGUGGGCCGAUGCUCACACUGAGCGUAUCGAGGCGGCCGAUCUUAACGGCCAAAACCGCCGGACACUCGUGACUCCAGUCCAGCACCCGUACGGCUUAACCCUCCUCGGGUCCCACAUCUACUGGACUGACUGGCAGAGCCGGAGCAUCCAGCGGGCAGACAAGAAUACCGGAACCAACACCAUUACUGUACGUGCUAACCUACCGGGUCUGAUGGACAUUCAGGCCGUGGAUAGGGAGAAACCUCUGGGAUUUAAUAAGUGUGGCCGAAAGAACAGCGGCUGCACUCACCUGUGCCUGCCUCGUCCCAACGGUACGUCCUGCGCUUGUCCCACCGGCAUCUUGCUCAAGGGCGACGGCAGAUCGUGCGACGACUCCCCAGAGGCCUUCCUCGUCUUCUCCAACCGAGUCAGCGUGCGGAGAAUCUCCUUGGACACCGACGAUCACACGGACGUGCACGUGCCCGUGCCCGAGCUUCACAACGUCAUUUCGCUGGACUACGACAGCGUGGAUGGGAAACUGUACUACACCGAUGUCACCUUGGACGUGAUAAGGCGAUCCAACCUGGAUGGUACAGGCAUGGAGACCGUAAUCAGCCAGGGUCUAAAGACCACAGAUGGGCUGGCUGUGGACUGGGUGGCCAGGAACAUGUACUGGACCGACACCGGCCGAAACACCAUCGAGGUGGCUCGUCUUGAUGGAACAGGUCGCAAAAUCCUGGUCAACAACAGUUUGGACGAACCCAGAGCCAUUGCUGUCUUCCCCAGCAAAGGAUUCCUGUUCUGGACCGAUUGGGGUCAUAUCGCAAAAAUCGAGCGGUCUCACCUGGAUGGUACAGACCGGAAAGUUCUGAUCAACACUGACCUGGGCUGGCCUAAUGGACUCACAUUAGAUUAUGACACGAGGAGGAUCUUUUGGGUGGACGCCCACUUGGACAGGAUCGAGAGCUCGGACCUGAGCGGGAAGCUGCGACAGAUCCUGGUCAGCCCAGUGUCCCACCCCUUCGCCCUGACCCAGUUGAAGCCGGUGUCCUCCCCUCUAACUCCUUUCUCCCGACUCUCGCAGCAAGACCGCUGGAUCUACUGGACUGAUUGGCAGACUAAGUCCAUCCAGCGGGUGGACAAGCACAAUGGCCGGAACAAGGAGACGGUGCUGGCCAGUGUUGAGGGCCUCAUGGACAUUAUUGUGGUGUCACCUAACAGGCAGACAGGCACUAAUCUCUGUGGGGUGAACAAUGGAGGCUGCACUCACCUGUGCUUUGCCAAGACCAACAGUUUUGUCUGCGCCUGUCCUGAUGAACCAGACGGGCGUCCCUGCUCCACCAUUGCAGGCUACAUCCCGACUUCUCCCGCCAGAGAAGCCAGCAGCACACCAGCUCCCAAUAAAAUCCCCAAGGCUCCAACAGAACCCUCUCAAAGAGGACCGUCAGUGGUCAACUGCACUGACAAGAACCUCAAUGUCGAAGAGUGUUUAGAGAGCAACGUGGUGACAGCUCCACAUGGAGAAGGACUUCACAUCAGCUAUGUGAUAGGCGGAGUUUUGACCAUGCUGGCUAUUCUUAUCCUCAUUGCUGCUUUGAUUAUUUAUCGACAUAAAAAGUCCAAGUUUGCCGACCCAGGAGUCAGCAACCUGACCUACAGUAACCCUUCGUACCGCACGUCCACGCAAGAGGUCAAGAUCGAGGCGUCUCAGAAGCCUCCGAUAUACAAUCAGCUGCGAUACAAGAAGGAGGGCGGCGUGGACGGCGGCUACACCAAGGAGAAGAUCCGCAUCGUGGAGGGCGUGUGCCUCCUGUCCACCGAGGAGCUUUACUGGGACGACCUGAAGCAGAUCAAGCCGUCCCGGGGGGGCCUGCACGCCUGCAUGCGCACCGACACCGUCUCCCUGCAGGCCAGCAGCGCCUCGCUGGACGACGGCGAGACCGAGCAGCUCCUGCAGGAGGAGGCGUCAGAGUGCUCCUCCAUAACCACGCUCGCCCCUUCCGCCGUCACCCCGCAGCGCCACCACGCCCACCACGGCCUGCCCGACACCGGCUGGGCGUCCCUGCGCAAACCCUCCACCGAGAGCGAAGUGUGAGCACCGUGCUUCGUCUUUGCCGAAAACCCACGCGCCUGUAUGUAUUUAUAGCUGCUGCAAGACGGGAUGCUGGCGCAGAUUCCCCCCAUUUAGAGUCGGCGUCGACAACUCUUUCUAAAAGUGGGGCUCAGUCCUACUUCGUCGCAUACACAUCCCCCUUAGUCUGCGCUCAAACCAUCAACUCAUUAGCAUGCUGGAAUAAGCGAGCGAAAGGACCCCUGGGAGGAAGUGACCAGAGACACAAACGCUAAAGGAAGCGGACUCAAUUUUCUCUCGCCGUGUCACUUUUUAUGCAAGCUUCUUUCCUCCCGGGGAAAAACGACUUCUUCCACGCCCUAAAAACCACUCAUCUCUUUACAAAAACUCUAUUUAUGAACUUUUUUUUUUUUGUGUGUGUGUGUUUUUUUUUUCUUUUGUACUCGCUUUUAGACUUAAACAGAGCGGCGGCGGCGUGUCGAGCUUUGUGCAGCAGUUGUGUUUAUGACGGUGCCAAAGGGGCGGGGCUUCAUCCGGACAAAGCAAACGUUUAUCUCCGUAUUUUUACACGUUUAUUGUCGCAAACGCCGCCUGGAAGAUUGUAUCGUUCAAACCAGUGGCUCUCAAACGUUUUUUUUCACCUCAGAAAACACAUGGCUCGCCAAGUA